ACAUUCAAACACCAACACACUGCCUGUGAGACGAUGUUUGAUACAGGAUAUUGCAUCCUCUUUCUAAAUCUUUCAGGUGGCAUUUUGUUGUACAUGGUGGAAUUGAUGGCUUUAGUUGCCUUAUCGUGUACCUGAGGGCUGCCACAAACAAUCGAGCAUCAACAGUCCUGAGAAACUUUCAAGAAGCUGUUGAUGUCUACGGUCUGCCAUCUUGUGUGAGGUCAGAUAAAGGGGGCGAAAAUGUUGAUGUUGCACGCUACAUGGUAGCCAAUCGAGGACUCGACAGGAACUCUUAUAUUGCUGGAAGGAGUGUCCAUAAUCAAAGGUAAUAUUUUCAUCUUCCUUUUUGCUACAUAAAACAUCUAUCUACGUAUAUGCAGGAAGGUUUUAUUUUUAUUCAAGGCAACACAAAUUUUAUCACUAGGUAAGGUGACAUGCAUGUUUUUAGAUACUGCAAAAUAUAUCCCACCCCCAAAUCCAGAACAACAGGGCCAUCUGACAGCUUCUUCUACAAGGCUGUUAAAGCCUUCACCCCUGUCACCCCACACUAAGUCUGACCCCGAUAUGACACACAUCCUAGUAUAUGCAAUAACCCCCUCCACCCCUUGCACGUUGACCUUGACGGGUCUCUCUGCACCCUUUGCACAAAAAUGCACCACUAUGAGUCUUAUGUAAUUGUUAUUUUUUAUUGACUCUGCUUUUAUCUUUUCUGCUUUGCUCUCAUGGGGAGCUGCAAAACUGCUUCACACAGUUCAUGUGGGUGACAAUGUUUACAGUGAAAAUAAAAGAUUCUAUUCUAAAUAUAAAUUGUGGGAUGAAACUGAAGCAUUUGCAAGGCAUAAUUGCAUUCAUCUUUACAUUUGAAUUUCAGAAUUUUCUUUUAUUGUACUUAACGAGUUACUCACGUUUAGAGCCCCUGGGACAUAUAUGAGGAACAUAAAACUUAAUUUUUGAAAUGAAUUUUGCAUAAUACUGUGCAUAGCCGAUGAUGUAUGCUACAUGCUUACAGCUAGAUUAAUACAGACAUGACCAGAGAAUUACAUAGUUUUCCUUUUUUUGCAUCAGAAUAGAGAGGCUCUGGAGAGAUGUUUAUGUGGGUGUACUGGAUCUCUUCUACACCAUCUUUACCAACCUGGAGUCAGAAGGUUUCCUAAAUCCAGACAACGAAGUGCAUCUCUAUGGUCUACACUGGUGCUCUCUGCCUCACAUUCAGAGGCACCUGGAGAGUUUCCGGCAGGGCUGGAACUGCCACAGACUGAGAACCGAGGGAAAUCAGUCCCCACUUCAACUGUGGUCACUUCAUGAUGCAAAGCAGGACCCAAUGCAGGUAAGAUUUUAGUAUUUCUGUUUGUAAUAAUAGAUUGACUGUUAAUAAGGGUAGUUUUCAACAAGCCCCUCUGAAAGCCUACAUUGUACCUCUUUGUUUUUUAAUA